UCGCCGUCCCGGGCCCUGGGUCCUCUGGGCUCUGCAUGCAUCGAUGCCCUUCCGGGAGGUAGGCUGCAGCGGCAGGAGCCAAGUGGGUCUCGGAGACCGCCGGGGCGCGCAGGGCCCGGGGCGCGGAACUCCGGGAACCGCAAUUGCCAAGCACUUGUGUUUCGGGACCCCGAGGGCUCCUCGCGCCACCUCCAGCACCCGAAGAGAGUGGCCCUAUCUUUUUAGAAGCUGAGCAGCCAUGGCCUUUGCUGAAGAUGAGACCUAUAAGUAUAUCCGCCUCCAUCACAGCAAGUUUUGCUGUGUUAAUGUUCUGGAGAUUCUGCCUUUUCUGCCUUGCCUGACAGCCAGUGACCAGGAUCGACUACGGGCCUGCUACUCAAGCCUGGGAAACCAGGACACACUCUGGGAACUCUUCAACCGCCUCCAGCGCCGGACUGGUUGGGUAGAUUUCUUAAUCAAGGCACUGAAGAUCUGUGAGCAGGCUGAGCUUGCUGAGGAAGUGGCUCAUGUUUACCGGAGCAAACUGCUUCCUGGGAACCCAACCUGUUCUCCAGCCCCUCAGGCAGCACCGGCAGCUCCUGGCAAGGUCCCAGGGCCCUCUGCACCUGCUGUGGCUCACGUCCCCUACAAUGGCUACCGAGAAGAGCCAAGUUACCCCAGGCCUGUGCAGGACACACAGCCACCAAAGUCCCCAGGAGAGAGUUCAGAGCCAGCCCCACAGAUACCCAGUUCCAGGGGAGUCCUGAGGAGACCUGCUGGCUCCUUGGAGCCCUCCUCUAACCCAACAUCCCUCAGCCUUCCGACUUCCAGCAGGCAUCAGGAGCAGGAUCGAGAACUGGGUGGUACCCACAUAGCAGGUGCAGUUUGCAGCUCCACAUCAGCCCGUGGGCCUGUGUCCCCGACUGUCUCCUUCCAGCCCCUGGCCCGUUCCACCCCCAGGAAAAGCCACUUGCCUGGACCUGCAGUGUCAGCUCCUGCAUCUGCUGGUCCCUCCUCCAUUGCCUUGGCUUCUGUAGAGGAGAUUGGUGACCAUAAUAAGACUGCCAUCUGCUCUAGUGAUGCAGAGGUACCUGCUGAUUCAACAACUACCAGCUUACUGCCCUCCAAAGCGCCCGCCAACUCGGCCCUUGUCGGCUUGGGGCCCUCCAAGUUGCCUACCAGCACAAAGCCCCCUGGUGCAAUGCCCCCUAAAGUGCCCUCCAACCCAGCACCAUCCAAGUUGCCCAUCAACUCAACACGUGCUAGCGCCAUGCCAUCCAAAGUGCCUACUGCUACCAUGAUUCCCACCAAGGUGCCUACCAACACAAUGCCCUCCAACGGGAGCAAAGCCAAGGAGACCCCAGGGACUCCAGCAACCACAGUCACCAUUGAAGGCAGCUCUCCUUGGAGGGGUAGCAGCUCUGGGAACUUGCGCUCUGAGGCCGAGCUGAGCAAGCCUGGUACUCUGGUAUCGAGGGUCGAUAGCCAGCCAUUUUCCGGCUGUUCUGAAGAUCUCGCUAUCAGCAAUUCUCUGGUCCUGGAGUCCAGCCAAGGCCCAGAGGAAAAUGAGUACAUGUCCUUUGCUAUCCAUGUGGCUGAGGGUCCCAGUGCUGACCUCCUGGAUGGCAGCCCUGAACGACCUGAGGCCUCAGAGCCCCAGGAGGAGGAAGAGGAGGAGAUGUGCUCAACAGCACCAGGGGCUCUGUGGUGGCUGGGGACUGCCGCAGCCAGCGCGCUCCUGGCGGUGCUCCUGGUAGUGCUGUACCGGCGGCGCCCACUGCAGUGAAACCUCCAAUGCCCACCACGUUCCCAUGGUGCCCUUUCCCCAGGCUGGCAGGGGCCGGGUCAAGCAGGGGACCUCGAGAACUAUGGGCCUGAUGGAGGAGUGAGUUGUGAGGACAGCGUUUUCUGUCCUAGCUCUUGUCCUCUGCUUGUCCCUCACCAUCCUUGGCUUUCCAGGCUCUAAGCGGCCCCCAGUGCUUCAGACCUUGCCUACCUGGUAGUCUCCCUGUGUGCUCCUAAGGAGGUCCCCUCCACCAGGCUUUGUCCCCCUUUGCCCAAGCCUGAAGAUCAGGAGAUGCCCCUCAUUCUGCCCAGGUCCCCUGAGGCCAAAACAGGUGUUCUGGGUGGGGAAUUCCCACAAGACCUUGUUCCCCGCCCAGCAGCUCAGCAUCCUGACAGCAGCAAGGUGCCUAGUAUUCAGGGAGCCAGCUGCUUUGGGUUCCCUGUCUCUCUAGUCCCCCUCUAUUGGCCAGGCCACCCUGGAAGAAGGUCCAGUUCCAGUGGACCCAGGGAAGCCAGAAGCAGCCACUAGACAGGAGGAAGACCCUUGGAGCCUUUCUCCAGUCCCCUUACCUCCACCUCUGUCCUCCAUUCUCUUUGGCUUCCUACAUGGGUUGGGGAAGGGACCUGCCUAGUGGGCAGAAUUCAAGCCAGGUUCAGAUUUCAGCUCUUCCCUUUCUGGGCUGUGUGACUUUGGCAGAUGUUCAGGCUCUCUGGUCUGGUUUCCCCACAUGGACAGUGAGCUUCUAGCUCAUCCUUCAUGGACAUGGCAUACAGGAUUCGGCAUCCCUCCUGUCUAACCUGGUAGAGCUGAGGGCUUGAGAGGCAGAGUGCACAGCAACAAGGGUGCGCUGUGCAGUGAGGGCAGGCUCGGGCUGUAUCCUGCUCAUCAUCUCACUAGCUCUUUAAUCCCAGGCAAGAUAUUAACCUCUGUGUGCCUCACUUUUCUCACCUGUUAAAUGGGAGUGAAAUGUCUACACACACACACACAUACACAUAUGUAUGUACGUGUGUGUAUAUUCUAGUGUUGUCCUGGGGAUUAAAUUAGUUUAUCUAUGUAAAUCUUAGACUGAAUCCUGUCAUUUCCUAAGGACUGGAUACAUGUUAUUAUUGCUAAUUAAAUGGGCAGUGAGUAGAGCACUUGGCUAUACCUUUAGAGGUAAACCCAGACCCUGCUACCUUCUCCUUUCUUAUGUCUUCCUCUUAACUUCAUCUAGUACAUUUGCGAGUUGUUGGGGAGGGAGGUCUAUCCAGUGGGCAGCUGUUCUCCCCAUCUCCAGCAGCCAGGGGUGUUCCACCACCUCCCUGGGUGGGAAGAUAGCUAUUCUCUUCACACAUUGAGGUGCACUGGUGGGUAUCCUCUUGGGUUCUUUUCAGGUGGCCUUUGCUGGACAAGUGGUAGGCACAGGAGCCUUCUCUAUUUCUGGGCUCUUCAAGGGGCAAGAACUAGAGCCCUUGGAGAAAUCAGGGGUGUGGCUUGUUAUGUAAAGCUCGAGGCAGCUUUACCCUACACCGCCCUAGGGAACUUCCGCAACCUAAUGACCUCUACUUCUGAAUUUCAGCCCCCACUCUAAACCCAACAGCCUCUAACUUGAAUCCAGGUGUGGUCUGUCCCCAAGCUAUCUAUACCAGUACUUAUCAAUCCCUUGCUCUUAACCAACCACUGUAUCCCCCACCUGUAUCCCCAGGUGCCAGCCAGUCAGUUUGUGCACAGUCCUAGUUUUAAUGUGCUAGCCUCCCAGGGUACUUUGGGGAAAAAAAAAAAAAAAAACUCACUGGGUGGAGUGGCCCAUGCCUGUAAUCCCAGCAGUUCAGGAGGACCAAAUGUUCAAGGCCAGCCUCAGCAAUUUAGGGAGAACCUAAAUAACUUAGCAAGGCCCCAUCUUUUUAAAGAAUUAAAAAGGGCAUAAGAGGAGACAUAAAACUGGAAUGUAGUUCAGUAGUGAAGCACCUCUGGAUUCAAUCUCCAGCACCCCCUGAAAAGAAAAAAAAAAAAAUUGGCUCAAGAAGGCAACACGUAGUCCCAGAGAAUCACUCACUCAACUGGGGGAUUUCUUUUUGUUGGUGGUGGUGCCAGGGAUUGAACUCAGGGGUGCUUAACCACUGAGCCACAUCCUCAGCUCUUUUUAUUUUUUUAUUUUGAGACAGGGUCUCCCUAAAUUGCUUAGGGCCUGUUAAGUUGCUGAGGCUGGCUUUGAACUUAAUAUCCACCUGCUUUGGCCUCCUGAGCCACUGGGAUUAUAAGUGCACCACUGUGCCCAGUCAACUGGUACAAUUUCAACUACAGAAACCAGUCACUGUAGGCGAUAUAUUGGAUCAGGUGUGUGGGAAGUGUUCAGGGCCUUCCCAGCACAUUUCAGACUAUACCGCCUCGAAUCCCUGACUUGGCCUGCACUUAACACUAUCCCCAUCUCAGCUAUUAUCAAUCUGAAGACUUAAAUGCCACCUUCAGGCAGAAAUGGGAAUUAGAGUCCAGUCUCAAGAAUCCUGUUCUGGGUUGUGACUUUCAGCUGCAGGAAGGUUUACAAAGGAGUGUGAACUAGGAAGUUCACCUUCACAGCUGUGGCCCAGACAAGGUAGAGGCUGGAACACAAGGAAGGGAGGAAGGACCUCCACUCGCAGACGGGACUAGGGGACCCUUGAGGUCAAGGCUGGGUAGUCCUGGAGGGACCAAUGCCCUCCUAAGUGCCCGGGGGCAGACCCACCUGCAGCAGAACCUCUGUCCACGUUCUUUCCCUGGCUGAAGCAUUUCCUCAAAGCUCUGGGACUGUUGUGGUUUCUGUCUCUCAGGGAAGUACCCAUGGACUUUAACCUAACAAAGCCAGAACAGUGCCACUCCUUCACUUCUCUUGCUGGCUACCCUCAGGUUUAGGGAGCUUCUUAGUCAAGGAUGAGGGAGAUGCCCUUUACCCUGCCAGGUCUCAGAUUAUUAAUACCGUCUUUUAGAAAACAUUUAUUAUGGCCAGCUUUCAGACAAAUGCAAAAGUAGAGAGACCAGAAUAACACACUGCCCAUCUCCUGGCUUUAAUAUCUUGGCCAUCUUAUUCAUCCCUGCCUGUUGCCCCCUUCCUUCCUCUUUUCUUUGGUAUGGGGGGGGGGCAUUGAUUUCAGGGGCACUUUACCACUGAGCUACAUCCCUAGACCUUUUUAUUUUUUAUUUCAGGGUCUCACUGAGUUGCUUAGGCUGGCUUUGAAUUUGCCAUCCUCCUGUCUCCUCCUCCCAAAUUGCUGCAAUUACAUCUAUGCACCAAUGCACCCGGCUGCCCCCUUUUUUGAGUACAGGUUCUUUGUAUAAGAGUGUGAAGGGUUCAGAAAGCCAAGGGAAAGACAUAAGCUGGAAGGAUUUUAAGAUCAUCUAUUUUCUCCCAGGGCAGCAUUAGGUAACAAUGAAGCAUCCACAUUGUGGUCUGUUGGCCUCUAUAGGUGACGUCCUUCUUGAACCAGUUCAAAGCAUGAGCAGCACUGGACUCCAUCUUAGGAGGAGGGGACUGCAAGCGUCCUUCCAUUGUCAAGCUCCUUGGAGGUGCCUGCUAUUGCUCCUGUCUCAGAGAAGUGACAACACAUGAGACAUAUACCCCAUGGCACAGCCCUUCCAACCAGCAGAAGUCCUCAUGCUAGGCAAUGUUCAAAUUCCACAGUCCUAGGAAUGGAGUCCUUGGGCCUUGAGGUUCCACACUUGCCAUGGGUGCACUGUCAUGCGCCUAAAGGCCAAGACCCACUUCCCCCUGGGAAGGGAGAUGAGGGGUCUUUGGUCUGAAACGUCUGUGCUGGGAUUGAUACCGCUCCACAGAGGAUAGUCACAUGCUCCACAGAGGAUAGUCACAUGCUCCUUGCUUUCUUAGUUUUUUUUUCCUUUAUCCCAGGGCUAAGAGGUCCACAGGGGGUUCUGGGUGUGGUCACUGUGAACAUUCUUCACUUGGCUGCUGCUAACAACAAAUAAUAAUAAAGGUCGCCACUAAUGUCUGAUUUUAA